ACGUGAAAGUGGAAGGAGACAGCCAGCAAAUCAUGUGCCAGCAAGAGCAAAGAAACAGUCCACGUACGUUGUAUGCACCAUAAUAAUAUUUAGAUUGAUAUAAAAUUGAAAAUACACAAAACCACAAUUCCAUUCCAAAAUCUGUAUUCCUCUCUGUGAGUCAAGGGGGAAGAAAAAUGGAGCUCAAAGUCUACUGCGAUCGCCUGUCCCAGCCAUCACGCGCAGUUCUCAUCUUCUGCAAAGCAAACGGGAUCGAGUUUGAGGAGGUUAAGAUUGAUCUUGGCAAAGGGCAAAACCUCUCCGCCGAAUAUGCAGAAGUGAAUCCCAUGAAACAAGUACCAGCUAUUGUGCAUGGUGAUUUCAAGCUUUUUGAGAGUCAUGCAAUACUUAUUUAUCUAGCUUCUGCAUUUCCUGGAGUUGCUGAUCACUGGUACCCUGCAGAUGUACGCCAAAGAGCAAAGGUCCAUGCAGUGCUGGAUUGGCAUCACUCUAACUUGCGCCGUGGUUCUGUUGGAUUUAUAUUCAACAACACUAUUUCAUUAGCAUUUGGCAUUCCUGCGGACUCCGAAGCAGCAGCUAAAGGCGAAAAACUUCUUUCAGCGUGUCUUGCAAGAAUUGAGUCAUUUUGGCUUCAAGAUGGACCAUUUCUUCUUGGAAAUUCAAAGCCCACACUUGCUGAUCUAGCUUUAGUAUGUGAAAUCAUGCAACUUGAGGCUGGAGAUUUGAAUGAUCGCGAUCGAAUUGUGAGUCCCUACAAGAGAGUAUUGAAGUGGAUGGAGGAUGUGAAGAGUGCAAGUGCUCCUCAUUUUGAGGAAGUGCAUGCUAUUAUGGGUCCAGUCAGGGAGCACCUAAAGCAACUAAAGAUCCAAGCAACUCACAAGUCCGACUCAACUGAAAAUUAAGUCCACAUGUAAGAAAACAAUAAAUAGGGGAAAAGGAAAACCAUCACCUGCAUGGUAGGCCUUUCUUCAUCAAUGGAUCUAAUUUUCUUCUAUCAUAGAAUCACCAUAUAAAUAUGUGUUUGUAAUUUGCUUCUCUAUGAUGCAAUGACCAUAAAUAUAUGUGUGUUAAAUAUAGAUAUAUUCGGGAAGUUUUAUCAA